GGAAAAUUAGUCAAAAGUUAGGAAAACGGAAUCGUUUUUGUAAGACCGUCAACUGUCAACGCGGCAUCCCCAUUGCCAGUCGCCAAAUGGGCUCUGCUCAGUGAUGGAGAUAUAAAGGCCACAGAGACGCGGUGUUUCAAUGUUCGAAAGAUCAAGAGAAAACAGAGCUGGAGCUUUUGAAAAUGGCUUCAAUGGCAGCACCAACAACCGCCUAUCGCGGCUAUUAUUAUAAGACUCGUGGCAAACACCAUAUCGGUUCAGCCCGUCCUCGAAUCCUCCUUUCUCAUCUGCAAAACGGCGACGACGACAACAUCAAACCCAGCGACCAAAUUGCUCGAAGGGAAAUUAUACUGAGGAGCAGCGAAUUAGCAGUAGUUGGGGCCAUUUUCAAUCUCAGUGGAAAAAAGCCUGAAUACUUGGGGGUGCAGAAGAACCAACAAGCACUAGCUCUGUGUCCAGCUACCAAGAAUUGCAUAUCAACUUCGGAGAAUAUCAGCGAUCUUACUCAUUAUGCUCCUCCUUGGAAUUAUAAUAUCAGUAGAAAGAAGCCUGUGAGCAGAGAAGUGGCAAUGGAGGAGCUUCUUCAAGUGAUAAAGUCAACAAAACCAGAUAAAUUUACACCGAGGAUUGCAGAAAAGAAGGAUGACUAUUUGCAUGUGGAGUACCAAAGUCCUAUUUUGGGGUUGGUGGAUGAUGUUGAAUUUUGGUUUCCACCAGGCAAUGACUCCAUCGUGGAGUAUCGAUCUGCUUCAAGGUUGGGAAACUUCGAUUUUGAUUACAAUAGAAAGAGAAUAAAGACAUUGCGACUGGAGUUGGAGAAAAAAGGAUGGGCUUCUGCGGACAGCUUCUGAGAAGAAGAAUAAGGGGAGCUUCUCAAGGGCCGCUGCUCAGUGCUCACUGCCGCUCUGAUACUCGUAACCCUCAUUGUGUUAAUCAAUAAUCAAAUUAAAAAAAAAAAAGGAAUAAAUUCAUGCAAUGAUUUUCUUUCUUUUUUUUUUAAUUUAAAUACCUGAUGUUUUGAAAAGCUUUUAAUUAUUCUUCCUUGACAACAUUUUUCAAGCACGCAUGAAAUAGAAGAGAAGUGCCAUUUUACAGAGUACAAUUAUUCAGUACUCUGGAGUCUGGAGAACA